AUGUCAGUCGCAGCCAGCAACCAGCCGCUCGAGAAGAAGCCCGUCAAGUUCAGCAAUCUGCUGCUUGGGGCUGGGCUCAACAUGUUCGAGGUCACCACUUUGGGUCAGCCGCUGGAGGUCACCAAGACCACCAUGGCAGCCAACAGAGGUGAUACCUUCGCUACUGCUCUGACCAGAAUUUGGGGUAGAGGUGGUGUUCUUGGCUUCUACCAAGGUCUCAUCCCAUGGGCCUGGAUUGAAGCCUCCACCAAGGGCGCAGUCCUCCUGUUUGUCGCGUCCGAGGGAGAAUACUACGCCCGUAGCUUUGGCGCCGGCGAUUUCACUGCUGGAAUCAGUGGUGGUAUCUUGGGAGGUGUCGCACAGGCAUACGCUACAAUGGGAUUCUGCACCUGCAUGAAGACAGUGGAGAUCACCAAGACGAAGCUUGCUGCUGCGGGUGUCAAGCCCCCAGGAACCUUUGCCACCUUCAUGGAUAUCUACCGCAAGGAGGGUAUCAAGGGCAUCAACAAGGGAGUCAACGCAGUUGCCAUCCGCCAGAUGACCAACUGGGGUUCCCGUUUUGGUCUCUCCCGUCUCGCAGAGCAGGGAAUCCGCAGCGUGACUGGCAAGAAGGAGGGAGGCAAGCUCAGCGCCUGGGAGAAGAUCUUGGCGUCUGGACUGGGUGGUGGUCUUAGUGCUUGGAAUCAACCUAUCGAGGUCAUCCGAGUCGAGAUGCAGAGCAAGACCGUUGACCCUAACCGCCCUGCAAAGAUGACGGUGGGAAACACGGCGAGGUAUAUUUACCAGAAUAAUGGGCUUAAGGGAUUGUAUCGUGGCGUUGUUCCACGUAUUGGAUUAGGCGUUUGGCAGACAAUCUGCAUGGUUGCUAUGGGUGACAUGGCAAAGACUUACGUCGAACAACUCACCGGCGAGAAGGUCACGGCUAAGCAUUAG